GGCCACAUGCGUUGUACGUUGCAAUGCAGCCGUUCGUGCUGCCGACAAUCAUCCAUGACCCUGAUGCCCAAGAUGAUGAUGAAGAAGAGGCUGGAUUAUCAGAUGAUGAUGCUGUUAGAGUGGAGGAGGGCCAGGAAGAAGAAGGCUUUGACUAUGCAGACCCCAAUUUUGAAGACUCUGCUGCUUACAGAUACGAUGAUGAUCACAACAAACCUGUUGAUCUGGAUAACUCAGACGAGGCUCUGCUUGGUGAAAAUGUGGGGUACAUGGACGACAUGCCCGCUGCAGAUCUGGAACAACAGAAUAUUUACACAGAUGACCAUGCUUAUGCUGAUGUGGACGAUGCAAGGGAGUCGACAACCAGUGAUGUUGUGUUUAUACAACCGCCUCCUGUUCAGAUCAGAGGAGACCACACAUAUGACAUAUCACCCAUGCUGCAUGAUAAGAACUUGCCAGAGGGAUGGAGUCGACGCGUGGUUCAGCGACUAAAUGGCAAAUCAGCUGGGAAAUAUGAUGUGUAUAUAUACAGUCCUUCUGGAAAAAAGAUGAGAUCUAAAACGGAGCUGGCUACAUUUGUGCAGGAGAAACAGCUUGACCUGGAUGUGGAAGCCUUUGAUUUUACAGUAAGAGGUAAACAUCACAGCACGAAUCAAGGAAGUGUUACCAGGAAGGGUCAGAAAAAAUCCAAGACAGAGAAACGUGAGAAACAAACUGUUACAUCUCCUAGUGCUAGAUCUCCUGUGAAAACCAAAUUGACUCCAAAGUCAACAACAAAAACAUUAAAAGCAUUAUCAAAAACAACAAGUAAAGGUGGUAAAAUGAAAGCUUUGAAACAGGAUAAAUCACCGAAAUCUGAGAAACUCGAAGUCAAAGAGACAGCUAAAGGAAAAGUGAAAGGUUCUACAAAACUCAGUCGGAAAAGGUCAAGAUCACUGUCUAAGAAAGAUUCACCAAAGGAAGAGACAAAGUUUGAGCAAAUUAAAACUUCACCGCAGUCUGGUAAGCGUAAAAACAUUUCACCCAAGAAAACGCUUGCACAGAAACUUGUGAUUAAAAUGGCAUUUGGUCCUGGUGUGAAACGGAAAGGUGAUGCUGAAGAUGAAGGUCCUGUAAAGAAAAAGAAAAAGAAAGUGAAAGGAAGAGGUCGUGGUCCAAAAACAAAAUCGUUGGAUGAUAAUGAAGAGGAUUCUGUGGUGGAUGAUAAAGUGAAAUUAUCCUUUAGUGAUCAAGAAGAAGUAAACAAAUUUGAUACUUUUAAUGAAAAAUUAGACUCUCCAACAAUGGAUGAUGAGUAUAAUGAUUUGUUUCCUGAUGAAAACAUGAACUCACAACAAUCUCCAGUGUUAAAUCCUCACGCCUUAGUGCAGUCAAGCAUUACUCAUUCAUUGUCUGAUGAUCUAAAGAAAAGAGAACUGGGGAAGAAAGAUGUUAAGAAGCGGAAAUCCCAUGGUGAUAAUAUUUUUGACUUAUUUCAAAAUGUUGGUGUGGACAGUAAUAAUGUGUGUGAUAGCAGUGCUGAUGAAACUGAACCAGUCCCAGUAAUAUCUGAACCAGACAAGGUUGAAUCUGCCAAGGUGGAAUCAGAUCGGCGACCUUCACGACAAAGAAUCCGCAGCAAGCGAUAUAGUUCUGAUAUAUAUAGUGUUGAUGAACCAAAAGUUCAACGGAACACAUCAAGAAGACAGUCUGCUACUAUGUCUCCCUCUGUAUCAAAGACUCCCAAAGUCAGUUCUGAUUUGGAAGGUACAGCUGUGUUGGGGGGCCCGGUCAUUAAUGUUGAAGCCAACAGUGUCCAGCUACCUGGUGGUAUUGCCCUCAGUGAUAGUAUGGUCAGUGGUGCUACAGCCCCUGGUUUGGUCAGUGCUGAUAUGGUCAGUGGGGCAAUGGUCAGUGGUGGGAUGAUGGCUGGGGAGCUAGUGAGUGGUGUUUAUGUUAUGGCAAGUGUUGUUGCCGCUAAUCCUGAAGGGAUUGAUAUGUCUCAAGUAGUGACACCUGCUUAUACGUACUGUCUGGGAAGUCCUGAAGGAACAAACUUAUAUACAACAGCAGAUCAAGUGGAUGCUAACCCUGUGGUUUCUGAAAGUGAUACCAUUCAUGGAAUAAUAGAUUCUAAAAGCAAUGAAACGCAAUAUGACAGCACAGUUGACCCUCAUGACACAGAUACAAAUCCGGACACAUCGGAUAAAAUUUCUGCUAAAAUUGAAGAGAAAUGUUUGUCUCCAUCAAAGUCAUCUAUCAAAUCACCUGUUAAGAGUUCACCUAUUAAAUUUUCACCUGUAAAGACCUCACCUCUUAAGAUUCCUUCUGCACAAAGUACACCUGUAAAAAACUCUUCAAAAACUGAAAACAAAUCUAGUGUCUCAUCGGGAGAAACAAAAGCAAAGUUCAGUGCUUCUCCUGUGGAGAAUUUAGACAAUUUAUUUACAUUUAUUAAGAAUGUUCCAGUAUCACCACGGCAACAAAGAAGAGCCAGUAUUGAGGAAGGUCCGAGAUUUUCACCACAUCUGUCAAGUCCUGAAAGGUCAAGGUCAAGGAGUGUGUCUAUAUCGGCUGCAUCUACUCAGCUUGCCAGUGAUGAAAUCAGUCAUGUGGAAGACAUCCCGUCAGAUUCUGAGGAUGCUGACUAUACACCAACACAUCGUCUGUCAGCGGAGGUAGAGAGUAAGUACUUUGUCCAUGGAAAAUUCCUUCCUCGUCCGGAACUCCACAGAGAUACGACGUGGGUACCUCCUAAGUCUCCCUUCUGUCUGAUACAGGAAAGUCUGUACCAUGACCCCUGGAAACUCCUUAUUGGGACCAUUUUCCUAAACAGGACCACAGGCAAGGCAGCUAUUCCUCUUCUGUGGAAGUUUUUCAACAAAUGGCCAAAUCCAGAUGCGACAAGGAAAGCAGAUGCUGCUGCCAUUGCUAAGCUUCUUACUCCUCUUGGGCUUCAUGAAAAACGAGCAAAAAUCAUCAUUCGGUUUUCUGAUGAGUACCUUACAAAAGAGUGGACCUACCCAGAAGAACUGCAUGGAAUUGGGAAAUAUGGAAAUGAUUCUUAUCGCAUGUUUUGUGUUAAUGAAUGGAAAAAGGUUCAACCCAAGGAUCACAAGUUGAAUGACUACCACAACUGGCUUUGGGCCAACCAUAAGCAGCUAGGAAUUGAUUGAAGAGGCUUGCCUGGAUUGGGAGCUUAUAUUGGAACCUUUAACUUCUAUAGAUCAGAGGCCAUGAUUCAGACCACUCUUUAUCAUUUAAACUUUAAAAUGGCAGUUUUACUUUGUUCACUAUGUUUGCUCUUUUGUGAUUAACAAAUUCACUGAUUGAAUUGACUACCUGGAAAUUAUGUGAAUAUAGAAAACACUGUUCUGAAUUUGCAAUGUCUGUAUUAUGUAAUUGAGAUUUCAUUGUGUUAAAAAUGUUGUAUUUUAUAUACAAGAAGAGGUUGAUAUCCUGAAGAACUUAGGAAAACUUGCUGCAAAUCUCUACAGCACUGAAGUCUCUUGACAUAUCAAUAAACUUUGUACAGGACUGCCAUUCUAAUUGCAUCAACUUGGCACAGCAUGGAAUGUUUGAACCUGUCAACUAGGUACAGCACUACAGGUGUCAACCUGUCAACUUGGUACAGCACUGCAGGUGUCAACCUGUCGACUCUGUACAGCACUACAGAUGUCAACUGAUCAACUCUGUGCAGCACUACAGAUGUCAACCAUCAACUUUGUAUAGAAAUGCAAGUGUCAUCAGUGAACUCUGUACAGCAAUGUUAGUGUCAAUUAUCAACUUAAUUUAGCCCUGCAAGUGUCAACUAUCAACUCUGUAUAGAAAUGCAAAUGUCGUCUGUGCACUCUGUACAGCAAUGAAAGUGUCUACUGUCAACUUAAUAUAGCACUGCAAGUGUCAACCUGUCAACUCUGUACAGCAAUGCAUGUCUGCACCAAGUGUUUACCAAUAAUGUAUAGUAUUGUAAAUAUCAUAUGAUUGGAGAUUCUCACACAGAACCUACUGGACUGAGUUAUCAGCGACACUUGUGUUCUUUGUAAGUGCCCUAGAAAGUUUGUCUUCAAUCUAAAUCAGUAUUAGUGACGACUGUUAAGUGACUGGAAUCUGACAUUUCCAAAUAUAUUGAAUGUGUUCUAGUUCUUGUAAAUAGUAAUCCUGUUUAUGUAAUCUCUGUAGACUGUCCCACAGAUCCUGUUUAGUGAUAAGUCGCCGUAUGGAAACAAAGAAUAGAAUUUAGUAUGCCUUUGUAAAGAAAAGCAUGUGAAAAUUUGUUAUUAGAAUUUGUAACAUAUCCAAUUCAUUAAAAGUAAUUAUAGUCAGUGUUAGCUCCUGAGAUUCGUCAAUGAGCUAUACCAUCAGACUGUUGUUUAAAUGUCUUUUAAAUGUGUGAUAACCCGCCAAUUACACUGUAAGUGAUGUUAAUAUAUCCCAGCAGAAGUCUUUCACGUAGAAUUUUAAGGUCCUUAAGCUAGUACUGCAUCAGAGGAUGAUCUUUGCAUUAUCAUGACAACUAAAGAAGGCAUUGUGCAUAUUAAGCAUUUCUUGAUGUUAAAAAUAUUUAACUGCAAUUCAACUUUUCUGUUUAAAAAAAGUUGCAUUAACUUUCGAUCCAGAAGUUUUACAAGACACAGAUUUCUUGUAAUAAGAAAACUCCUGAUAUAAAGGAUGUACUUUAAAAGUUAAAUUCCAGUUGCAUUGUUUUAAGAAAAUAUAAACAAAUGCUGUUUGAUGCUGGUUACAGUAUUACAUGUUUUCAAUGUUAUAAAUCUUGUGUUUUCAAAUAGUCUAAGGGAGACAACUUUUCUAAUCAUGAGGUAUUUUUUUAAAUUUUCAUUGAAAUUUCAUAUGAGGAUUGAAUUUAAGCAGGAUGUAUUAUGGCAGGUUAUGUUUUUCUUGAAAACUUAAAGGAGUGAUAUCUAUUGUUGUUGCUACAAUGUUAAAUGUUAUUUAAUGUUAUUUAUAUAUUACAAAUAAUUUAAUGACAAGUUUUAACUCUAUCCUUGAAUGUGAAAUUUAAUCAUCCAGUUUGGUGCAUUUUUCCCUUUUUUUUUAUAAUUUGAAUUUUAGUAUGAUGUAUAGUAGGAUGUACCACUUUCAUUGAUACAAACAUUACAGUCAAUUAACUCAUUUUGGUAUAAAAAUACUAAAGUUCUGAUAAAUAUCACAAUUUAGAUGUCAGUGUCCGUCCAUAUUUGAAGCGUGUAAUUUAUCAAUUUUCAAAAAUAUUCACCUUCUUUAUUUCAUACGCUAAUGCAUGUAUCAGUAAUCAAUAUUGAAAAAUGAAAUUAACAUUAUGGCAUGAAGUCUUUCUUUAUCUAAUGGUGGAUAUCAGUUUAAAUUUUUGUUUAUUUUUUUCUGUCUUUUAUUUAAAUGUUUCAUAGCUUUUAAAUCUCAAAUUUCAAAAUUUUAUGUUUUAAAAAAGACAAAAUUUAUUAUCAACUAGAACUUUGAACUAAAUUUAUUUAACUGCAAGUUUGAAAUAAGGUAUAUAUCAGCUGAUAUUUCUGUUGGUGUUGACCAGGAUGGAAGCUUCUUCUUAGGGGCACUGAAAAACAUGUGGUCAGUCAGGUGAUCUUUUAGCAUCUCUGAUAGUGAAGGAAAUGUAAGUGAAAGGUGAUAGCAUUACCACUGUGUUGUUCUGUCUUUCACAGUUGCAGAUUUUCAUUUCUGAAAAUAUAUAUUUAUACAAGCCGUAUCUCUUUCACAUUAAUCACUGAAUUUACUAAAUCUUCACUUAAAUUAAUGUUACAGCAUGCACUAGCAUACAUCUAUAACAGUGUCUGGUAUUGUGUCUAUUUAGCUUGUUAAAUUUUCUCUGUAUGUGCUUUUAGCACAGUUUAUGAAAUAAUAAAUGCUGCUUUUCUUUAUAAUGUAUAUAUCCUGCUAAGGAUGUUUAUACAGAAAGUAAACAUGUGAUACUCAAACGUAGUUAUCAGUAAAGUUUGAUUUGGAGGCGUGUAUUUCUCACAGGCUUGUUUUAGAGAUUGUUCAUUUCUCAUAGAAAUUGUAUCGAAGGAGUAUUUAUUUAUUCUCUACAACUGUGUAUGUCCAAUGUCUACUAUAAUUAGGUCACCUUUAUGGCAUUCAUGCUCUCAUAUUUGACAUCCUGGCAUCCGUCAUUCUGCAAGCUUACUAUUUAAAUAACUCCUAUAAAGACUAUUUUUUUCUGACUGAAUGUUGUAUAGAAUGUUUCUUGGCUAGAAGAUUCAUAAUUGUUAAAGUUCAUCUGUGACUCCUCUAUAGACAGAUAGGUGUAGAGAACUAAGGCAAUGCUUUGGAAGGCCUCUCAUUCAGAACCUUAUUUAUUGAAUAGGAUUCCUUGGUGCAGUAAAUUAUCAGUAGAAAUUGUCUUGUCAGCAAACAGAAAGUCUCUUAGUAAGGGUCAAUAUUGUUACAGUUACAGUAUCAUUAUGUUAAUUGUUGUAUUUAUUUUAUUCCUUCGAUAUGCUUUAUGUCUGACAUAUGGUAGAGUUUAGAGCUUCUCAGAUGUUUUUGAACCUUUGCAGUAUAUUAAAGAUAUGUAAAAAAUCAUAUGCUAGUCAUAUUUUACUGUGUAAGGUGUUGAUAAUUUGUUAAUGUUUUCAUUUGCUGUGCUUCAAAACUCUGAAGUGUUUUUACUGAGUUAAUGUGCUAUUUUUACAGUGAUCUGUUUAACCACAGGGGCUGGAUAUAAAUAAUUAUCAAAUUGCAAUUGUAUCAACAGAAUUAUGUUUCUAUAAUCUAUUUUUAGGAUUUGUCUGAUUAUUGUGUUAUAUUAGGAUCAGAUUCACAGAUAUUUCUUGUCUUGCCACUCUGUUAUAGAUCAGCUGUGAUUAUAUAUAUUUACACUUAUAUGGUGUCUGGUCCCUGUGUAUCUGAAGUUAGAAAGAUCAGUGUUGAAAAUAGUCACAUCUGUUAUUUGUGUGUGCCCAACACAUCUUCAUAAAAGGUUGGAUGAGUAACUUCAUUAAUUCACAAGCAAAGAAGUAAAAAGUUAGGAAGCUAAGUGUAGCUUUCUUUGGUAAGCUUCGUGAAGAAAUUCAUAUAUUGUAAAUCAUUAAUCAUUAAUUCUUGUUUCCAAUUUCCACUUAACCGUUGUACAUAGCUAUCAUCACUGUAAAUAGCAUGAAGUGUACAUAGCUAGUUAGAUGUCCUGUUUCUCAUUUAUAUGCCUACUUUUAACCCAUAUUUGUUAUCCAUAAAGUUGCUGUUUUUAUCGCUAAUCAACUUUAUAAGUGUUAUAUGAUAUAGAUGUAGUACUGUCUUGUAAGGAAAUAAAACAAAACCUGCAAAUACAUAA